AUGGGCUUGGCUAGCGGCCCCCUCUGGACGGCCAAGAGCGCCUACCUCAGCGCCAGCGCGCGACGGUGGGCGGAACUAGCCGCGCGGCCCGCGCAGCACGCGCAGCUGCGCUUCUUCGCAGUCUUCUACGCCUUCUUCAACUUCGCCCUCGUCUCGGGAAACGUGCUGUCGUUUUUAAUCCUCACGGCGGGAGGCACGGAGACGGUCCCUGGCGCGCUGUGCGGCGCCGACUUCUGCCCCUCUGACCGCGGCGCCGACGCCAACCCGAACUUCCGACCGCCCUCCACCAGGCGGCUGAUCACGCUCUACGGGGCGCUGGUGGCCUGCAUCGCCUGCGCCGUGCUGUUCGUCGCUGUGGGUCUGCACCAGCUCCACAGUGACCAAGAGGACGAGGAGUACGGUGACAUGAGAGCUACACUGCGGCUGGUGAGCGCUGCCGCCAACCUGCACCGCGAUCCCGUGCAGCUGCUGCUCGUGCCCAUCACCAUCUUCACUGGGCUCACGCAGGCCUUCUUCAACGCGGACUUCACAGAGGCGUUCGUGUCGUGCUCGUGGGGGAUCGCGCACAUCGGCGGCGUGGUGGCGUGCUACGGCGCCUCCAACUGCGCCGCGUCGGUGGCGCUGGGCUGGCGCGGCCGGUCUGCGGGCCACGCGGCGCUGGUGUCGGCGUACGGGGGCUGCUACUGCCUGCUGCUGGCCGCGCUCUUCGUCUGGGCGCCCGACGCCAGCAAGGCCGCGCCCUUCUUCCUCCUUGCCGCCUUCUGGGGGAUUGCAGACUGCGGAAUUCUCGUCGUAAACUCUGUGUGUGGCAUUCUGUUUCGUGGCCGCGAGAAAGCGGCCUACAGCAACUUGCGCUUGUGGGAGACCGUGGGCUUCCUGUACAGCUACGCGUGCAGCCCCCUGCUGUGCAUGCGCGUCAAGCUGGUGGUGAUGGCAGCGCUCCUGGCGGCGGCCGUUUGCGGCUACUGGGCGGCAGAAUAUCUGGCAGGCCAGCGCGUAGCCAGCGGCUUCUGGCUGCAAGAACAGCAGAAAGACCAGCAGGAGGCCCGCCCCGCAGACUUGCAGCGGGCUGCACUUGAAGGUCGCUAG